AAUAUAUGUGGAUACCCCAAAAUAUAGCAUUAAACAAAAAUUUAAUAAAUAUAUAAAUAUCGGAAAAAAAUUAAAUAAGAUGGAUUAAAGGAAAACAAAAAUAAAAUAAAAAAAAAAAUCUAAAAAGUGUAUAACAGUUUUUAAAUCGUAUAACAGUUUUUACUUUAUAUUUAAAAAUUAAUACUUAAACCAUUAAAUUUUAGUCUUAUAUUGAGAUUAACUUCAGAUUAAAAUAUAAAAUGAAGAAUGGUGCAAAACAAAAACAAUAAAAAAAUUACAUUGAAAAAUAAAAAAAAUGUAUGAUGUGUAUAACAGUUUCCAAAACUAAUAUAACAGGUUGAAAAUUGGUAUACUCUAUGGUGAAUAUUUUUAAAAGUUUCCAUAGUAUUUUUUUUGGAGAAAAAUAUUUAGUAAUAAAAUUAGAGAGGACACAAUUCUUGCAUAAUGCGCAGGAACAGAGUUUUUUUGAAUAAAGAAAUUGUAUAAUAAUAUAAUAUUAUAUUAUAGCUCCUAUUUUUGUUCUUUUUUAUAACAGUUUAACACAAAAUGAGAUUAAAAAUUAUUAUGAAAAUGAGAGAAAAUUAUUUAAUACACAAAAUGAAAACAUAAUAUAACGAACAGUUUAAAUAAUAUAACAGUUAAAAUUAUCUCAAUUUUGAAAUACAUAACAAUGAAUAGUAUAUAAGUAAUAUAAUAGUAUAAUAUAACAGUUAAUGUAAAAAUGAACAAUAAGAAUAUUACUAAAACAGUUUCAAUAUCAUAAAUAUAUAUGUCAAGUAAACAGUGUUGAGAAAUAAAUUUUUCGCAUGUAUGUAUAUAACAAAAUACAAGAAGUGUAAAUAAUUGUGACAAAAAACUUGUUGUACGUAGCAUCAUUCAGAAUUUGAAUCUUUGUAUAAUAUGUGCUUAAAUUAUAUUGAUAUCAGUAUAGUGAAUAUAGGUGGUGAAUAAUUUUUCAAAAGAAAAUAUUUAUUUUCCCUGAUAUAACAGUUAAGAAGUUAUACUACUUUGUGUAUAAACUUGUAUUAUUUAUUAUUUUUAAAAUGUUCACUUUGUUUUCAUUUUUGAAAUAAAAUACAUACAUACAUAUUUAGGUAAAAUUUUAUACCUUAUAUAAAAAAUUACUGAUAUAUAAUAGUUUUAUACAUAUAAUAUUAAAUUGUUAUAAUAAAUUAUAAUUAAUAAUAAUUGUUUUAUAAAAUUUUAAAAAAAUACACAAAAAAAAAAUUCAAAAUGAUGAGCAUUAAAACAGAAGGUUAUUUAAAAAAUAUGGGUAGUUUACCAAAUUUACAUGAAUUGGAACGUGUUAGGCGCCGACUCGAAGAUGAACAAGAAUUAGCAAAAAGAGAACAACGUGCACGUGAAGAACGUGAAUCAAUUAGAGAUCGAGAGAGAAUACCAAUGUCAUUACAAUCAACACAGUCAUCACAUAGUGCUCCAGCUACAAGUAAUAUUGGAACAAUUAGUGGUGGUGGUAUUAGUACUAGUAUUAUUAAUAAUAAUAUACCUGGUCCAAGUACAUCAGCUUCUAUAGGUGUUGGAGGUGGUAUUGGUGGUGUUAUAGCUGGUGGUACUAGUGGAAUUUUAUCAUCAACACAUACAACAUUUGGUGCUGGUUUUGGUAUAACAGCUGGUAAUACACAUUAUGGUGGUUAUGGUAUGGUUGGUUAUGGUACACCUGGACAAAUACCAAAAUAUCAUCAUUAUCAUCAUCAUCAUAGACAUUCAUUAACAACAAGACAUCGUGUUAUGAGAACAAGAAGUUCUGGUGCUAGUUAUAGUAUAUGGGAUGAUCCAAUGAUUGAGCAUAUGACAGGUUAUUCACCAAUAUCAUCAAGAUCACAUCGUAUAACAACAUUACCAGCAUAUCAAGUACAAGCUGCAUUGGCGGCACGUCGUCGUGAAUCAAUUAAUAGUUCAAUUGGUGCUAAUUCAAUACGACGUUUAUUAACAUUAAAUAAUCAUCGUCACUGCCGCCAUAAAAUUCCAUCACAUUUGCGUUCAAAAAUUUGUAAAAAUUUUAGUUUUUUAACAAUAUCACAUGGUUUAAUAUGUGCAAUAUUAUUUCCAUUAAUUGCAUUACAAGGUUCUAAUUCAAUAUGGCAUCAUCGUGAACAAUGGAUACAUGUUGGUCCAAAUAUUGGUUCAAUGCUAUUAAGUAUAUCAUUUUUAAUAUCAUCUGGUAUGUGUUUUUUAACAACACGUCUUAUACGUAAAAUAAAUUAUUUUAUAUUAUUAACAACCAGUUAUAUUGGUAUAUGUAUAUUUUUAUUAUGUCAUUUAUAUCCAUCAAUAUAUACAUUAGUACCAGCAUAUAUUAUAUUUGGUAUAAUAUUAGGACCAUCAUGGAUAAGUAAAAUGUCAUUAGUUGUUUAUUAUGCAAAUAAAAUAAGUUGUAAUCAAAAUGAAUGUAGUUUAAGUAGUGGCGGUGGUGGUGCUGGCUCUAUUAGCGGCGGUGGUGGCGGUGGUGGCGGUGGUGCUAUUGAUUCAUUAGAUCCUGAUUAUCGUAUUAGUUGUAAUCGUGAUCAAAAAGUACGUCGUUUAGUUAGAUGGUUUCAAGUAGCACAAGAUAUUGGUAUUAUAAUGGGUGCUAUUAUUGCAUCAAUAGCUUUAAAAUGUACUCCAACUGAUACAACAUGUUUUGGUUUUCGUACUUAUCAAGAACAACAAAGAAUACAUUUAUUAUCAGAUACACCAAUUAUUGAUACAUUUGAUAAUGAUAAUAAUAGUCAUAAUUAUAACAGUAAUAAUAAUAAUAAUAAUGGUUUAACACCAUUUGAUAUUAAUAAUAUUUUAGAAGAAUAUAAUCAUAGCCUUAAGCCAAAUAGUAAUGGUAAUAAGAAUCAUAAUAAUAAUAAUGAUAAAAAUAAUGGUAAUAAUGAUAAUAAUGGUGCCUUAUCGGCUUCAGUAACAUUUGAGGAAAUUUUUAAAAGUGUAACAUCAGAUUUAAUUACGCAAUUACCAUCAACAACUAAAACUACAACAAAAAUAAAAUCUGAGAAAUUACCAACUACAUCAUCAUCAUCAUCGUCAUCAUUAUUAUCUACAAUAUCAAAUUCAGAUUUUAAUAAUAAUAAUAAUGUAAGAACAAUAGAAAAUCAUUAUAUAUUUGAUAUGUAUAAUCAUAAUGAGCAUAAUGAAAGAAUAUGUGGAGCUGAUAUGUGUCCAAUAUGGCAUUUAACUGAAGAUCAAGAUACUGGAAAUGAUUCAACAUUUUAUUCAAAUUUUAUACAUGAAGGUGGUAAAAUUGGGUCACUAACAUUAAUAUUAGUUUUUCUAUUUUUUGCUGUUAUUGCUUUAAUAUUAACAAUAAUUAAUGGUAAAAUUGAUGUAACCUUUCGGCAUGAAAAUAUUAAAGGUAUGACAGAUACAUUAUUAUUUGCUGGGCCAAUGGCUUAUUUUAUUGGAACUGAACAAGGUUAUAUGCUAAGUGAUUUUUCAAGGGCGUAUGUUUCAUGUACUCUGGGAUUACAAAUGGUAGCUGGAGUUUUAAUUUGUAUGGGAAUAAUGCAAGGAAUUGUAGCAUGUACAUUAAGUAUGUUAUUAAGACAUAUCAAAAGAGCAGUCGUAUUAGUUGCAGGAUUCUUCUUUCAUGCUUGUUUGCUAUUAGUACUUUCACAGUGGAAACCUUCAAAGGACGAUAGCGCUCUUUUUUAUGUGAUAGCUGCAUCAUGGGGUGCUUGUAAUGCAAUGUGGGAAACAUUAUUAUUUGCAUUAAUAACAUUAACACAUCAUGUUAAUGUUGCUGAAAUAAUAGCACCAUUACAGGCAUUACGUUUUCUUGGACUUGGUGUUACAUUUGCUGCACAUGGAUUUUUAUGUGAAAAUCCAAAAAUUUUAAUUUUAGGUAUAAUAUUAGUUAUAAGUUUACCACCAUAUGCUGUAUUAGAAAUACGUUUGGAGGCACAAAGAAAAUCACAAUUAAUUGCAUUAUGACGUAGUGCUUUUAGUUAGUCAAAGGCAAAACGUCGAACGUUACGGAGACGUUCUUAUUAAAUUUUAUAUAAUUUUAAUAAUGUGUUUAUUAUAAAUAAUUUUUAUGAAAAUUAAUAUUAUUAAUUUUAAUUUGAAAUAAAUUUUUAUAAAAUCUUUCAUUAAUUUAUAAUAAAUUAAAAAAAAAAAUAAAAAUAUUUAAUUUUUUGUUAGUAAAAAUAACCUAUAAAUUUGUACUUUAAACUUUAAAAUACCAAAAAUAUCUAAAGUAAUUAUAUUAUAUUAUUGUCAAAAACUAAAAAAUUAACAACCCUAUAUAGAUUGUACCCUAUUAUUGACAAGAAAUAAAUAAAUAUAUAAAAAAAAACUAUUAUAACUUCAA